AUGACAAGAGCUCAUAUGAUGUACAUUAGGAUCUUUAGGAUGUUAGGGUUAUUAUCGAGGCGGGAGUUUAUUAGUGUUAAAUGUGUCCUCUAUUCUCCCGUGUGGAACGAUCUAUGUGAAAUGAUCAAGUUCCUAUUCUCUUUUGAUAAAAGGAAAGGCGAAAGGACUUUGAAUGUGUGUUUCUUCGUGAUCCCAUGUAAAAAUGUCUGCAACAACAUCUUUGGGAGAUUAUUUCUUGCAACAUUGGACAUGGUGGCCUUCCUAAUCCAUUUGAAGAUGAAAUAUUAUAAUAAUACAAGUAAGUUGAUUGAUAUUUCGAUUUAUCUAUACGGGAUCCAUUUCGUACACAACGUGGUAAUGAGGAUAGAGAAGAACUUUCAAACCAUUAAUACAGUCAACCUCGACUUGACAAUGAAACACUGCAAGAGGAUAUGCUUAGCCUAUCGAUGGAAGUUAAAUGGAGGACUUAAGAAAGAUUUCAAAAGACAACUUUGUGAUCAUCGAGCUCGACGAUAA